GCAUGGUUUAGUGCGAAUGCGCAUCGUUUGGCAUUUGCUAUGUAAACAAUUUCAGCUUCUUUCCGAGUCAGAAUUGAUGACGACGUUGAUCCGGUCGGCUUUACGGCGUAAUGACAACCACCGAUCAGUAGCAAGUUGAACGUAAAGGUGUGUGGGAAAAGCUUAGCAAUUGGUACCAGUUUAGCAUACAAGGACGAUCGUCCGAAAUAGGCAGACCUAAAAUGAGAAAAGCUUAGCCUUCUAGUACACGAACCACAUUAUGACGUUUGUUUAUUUUUCGAUUAAAUUCUGCCUCUUCUUACUCACCGACAUGGUCUUCACGGGUGGGGUUCACACAAAUCGGAAUUAGCUUUUUGUGGAAGGGAUGUAUUGGGAUACACCGGCGAAGCGAUAAGUUGUUCUGGCGGACAAGACAAGGUGGUCUACAGCAGCACAAUCGUCGAUGCACGGCAGUUUGAUCUUGGUAGCCGUUCAAGGAACAAGUUUCGAAAUGAACAGCAUGUAUCGGUGGGGUUUGCUUGCAUUGGUGCUAACGGUGAUCGUUGACGAAUCGGGAAGCUCUAACCCUCAGGAGUAUGAUGGACGAUCAAUGCUGCAAGAUUUCCGCAAUCGUUUUAUGACUUACGAGCACAUUGAAAUUGACGAAUGCCCAUUGAAAUAUCUUCGAACGGUGUACACGGAUUUCUGCCAUGUGGCCAUCAUAAAAACAAAUACCUCUACGUGUCUGGGAGUGCUGGUGAAUGAUUAUUACAUCCUAUCGACCGCUGAAUGCGUGCCGGAAGAUUGGAAGACGAUUCAUGUACAGUUGCAAAACAAUUUCGAUCUCCCCAUUGCCGAUCGUAUAGUCUACGGAGACUACAAGUCGCUUAAAGUACGCAGCGAUCAGACACCGAUUCUGUUGCGUAUAAAUGGAACGACUGAUUACAGACUGCCAUACGAAAAUACGGCCGCUUGUCUUUGGCCAAAGGACAACAUUAUCUCCUACUCCAAAGUGCAGGAUAUAGCGUACGAUUCCACCUUGGAUAAUUUCAUCCAAAACACGACCGUCUGCUCGGCUUCGAUGCAGGAAGUUUGUUUGAAUAAAACCUUCGCACAAUGGUGUGAAAGGAAACCAACCGGUAGUCUGCUGCAGAUACGUGAUUUGGACAAAUACUCCAUGCACCCGAUGGUGGUCGGGUUGUUUUGCGAUGAGCAGCAACAAUUCGUUCCGGUAUCGAGGUACGCCGACUGGAUUCGCGAUGUUAUUGCUCGUGACCGAAUUUUAUUCGCAAUUCCGGACGCUGGGCUAGGUGAAAAGUGUAUCACCAAAAAUGAUAAGGAAGGUGUCUGUCUGCGCAUCGAAGACUGCCCGAACGUUUUCAAGCAGCUGAAAAGUAUGGCACGCCAAUUAACCUCACUAGAACAAUGCGGGUUCGAUGGAGAUCAUCCUUUGAAUUGUUGUACACCGGAUGAUAUGUUGAAGGGCGAAGACAAAAAAGAGAAACUGCAAAGCAUUGCGCAUGAAAUCGAACAUUGCCAUGAGCUGUACGAUGUGUACCGAAGGACUACAAAGGAACAGCAGCUUCACUCGCAGCUAGCUCUCAUACGCAACGAACACAACAAGGUGGAGUGCGUCGGAACUCUCAUUUCGAAGCAGUUCGUGUUAACUGCAGCCCAGUGCGUACUACGCAUCAACUCAAAACUCAGCUCAGUAAAGCUGGGAGUUACCGCGUUUGAUGACAAAAAGGUACAAAUACGAACGAUCGUGUCGACCGUGAUUCAUCCAAUGUUUGAUCAUCAAUCAAACCACUACAACAUCGCCAUUUUGACACUGGAUACACCUGUUACUAUUACCGAGUACAGUGUGCCGGCUUGCAUGUGGCCGGAAAAAGAUCGUAUGCCUGCUAAGCUCACCACAACGGGGUACGAUACUAUAGCAGACGCCGUAACGUUUAGCACGGUCAACCCACUCUACUACAUCGACUGUCGGCUAAAGUACUACUCGAACCUUACACUGACGGAGGCGUGCGUACUACCGGAAAUGGACGUUGUUCAUUGUGACGAAGAACCGACGGCUUGUGCCGAAUCUGGUACGGGAUUGUACGGUACCGUGUACAUGACGUCGGAAUGGAAACCGGUUAACUACGUGGUCGGGAUCUACAGUAUCGGUGCCCAGUGUGCGCAAAGGCAACCGGCCAUAUACACACGUGUCAGCGAGUAUUUCCCAUGGAUCAAGGCUGAAUUAUACUUGAUGGCACAGGAUUUGUGAAGAGUAAAGCGAUGGAAAUUAUAUUACGAAAUUUCAUUGAUUGUAUUUUCUUGUAAGCUUUGUAACUCACAAAUAUAGCUCAUAAUAAGCAUCUUCAAA